CCAGCACUCAGCCAUGUGCUCCCGUCAGGACAAGGACCAGUGCCACUCACAGGAGCGCUACACCCGGCAGAGCAGCGGCUGUCACAGCUCCGGUGGUGGCUGUCACAGCUCCGGUGGUGGUGGUGGCUGUCACAGCUCCGGUGGUGGCAGUGGUGGCUGUCACAGCUCUGGUAGCAGUGGUGGCUGUCACAGCUCUGGUGGUGGUGGCUGUCACAGCUCCGGUGGCAGCGGUGGCUGUCACAGCUCCGGCGGUUCCAGCUGCCAUGGGAAGCCUCAGGUCCAGUACCACUACUACCACCAGCAGCAGCAGCAGCAGCAGCAGCAGCAGGUCCACCAGCUGCCGUCGCAGAAGAUGAAGUGAUGGAACACCCACAGAGCUCUGCACUCCCCAGGGCAUCCUGCUGAGCCCCCUCUGUGAGCCCCCACGCUGAGGGGCAAUACUGCUGCUCCCCCUUUGCUGCCCCAUGAAGCUGUGCUCAGUCGGGGUGCCAGCAGCACAAUAAAGCAUGAUGUG